AUGGGGAAGCCGCCUUCUCCAAGUAAGAAAGGUAGUGGAUACAUCGGCAGUCGUGCAUUGGCGAGCGACACGCGAUCCGAAACUGGGUCUACUGCGUUCGAAGACCCAGACGGUGUUGUGUUAUCAACUCCCCCACGAGUAGAGAGCACGAUUGUGAGUCGCGAGACCGCAACACAUCACGCUUUUGCUAAAAGUCGAAAGGAGGAUUUUGUCUACGCCCCUACCAGGCACUAUAUGCACAUUAUGAAUGAUCAUUGCCAAUGGAAUCACGAAACUCGAUCAGCUCUACUAGUGGUGGUCGGGCAACCAGGCGACGGCAAGUCGGCAUUACUCGCCAACUGGGCGGAAGAGAGACGUCGAUCAAUCAAAGGUGAACGAGAGCUCAUCUACGAGCACUACUGCGGCUGUUCUUACGACAGCGUGAAGCUUUCGUUGUUUUUAUUCCGAUUCAUGAAUCAGCUCAAGAUCUCCUACAGUUUACGCGAUUUUGAACUCCCACGCGAGCACGAGGAGGAAAAACUGAAGUUCUCCUUUAGUCGAUGCUUAGAGGCUGCGGUUGGAAAGGGAGAACCAGCGUCAGGACCAGCAUUAAUGAGAAAACGUAUUAUCCUGGUUCUGGAUGGCAUUGACUGUAUCAGGACUGAAGACGGAGGGGAUUCUCUGUCAUGGCUUCCCAAUACCUUCCCUCCCGGAGUUCGCAUUAUUGUUUCAACUACUCAGACCAACCCAAAGAGCCAUUUGCAUCGCUGUCAGAAAAUUAACCGUGUGCCAGCCGUAUACGACAGCGAUGGUGAUUUAAUCUAUGAUGUUACGCUACCAUCACACGACAAAGAAUCUCGUACGAUCCGGGAGCUGCGCCGACGCAAUGCGGCUUUCAUGGUGGUGGAACCACUCGACGAAGUUUCCUGCUUGGCGAUUCUUGAGAUGUACGAACAAAGAUUUUCUCGCGAAUUGGAUUCCGAAUUUAAGCAGCUAAUAGUCGGCGCUCGUGGGAGCUCCAGCCCUCUUUACGUGAGACUUUUGCUUCAUGGCCUCGAGCUUUUUGACCCAAGCGAGAAUGGGCGACGCCAACAAUGGCUUGAAGAGGCCUGCGAAAGCAACCAAGUAAAUGGGGUCUAUGAGCUUUUAAUGAAGCAGUGGAAUGCCAUACUGCUGAAAGAUCUGUUUGCUGAGCUCCACGAACGCACAGCACUGUUUGAGAAUGCUGCGCCGAGCUCUUCAAAUAGCGGAGUUUUUCUUCAGAUUAAGAUCGAACAGCGUGCUCUUUUGGUCCGCCAUACGCUCUCGCUUCUUGCUGUGUGUCGCUAUGGGCUAUCUGAGAACGAUUUUACACGACUAUUUGGUGACAGUGUGCCACGGAGUGUUUGCCAGCAGCUCUUAACUCUCCUAAAGCCUCAUUUGAUGAUGAUUCGCAGACUCGACUGUGGACCAGCUUUUCAGUUUCACCACAGUCCAACCCUGGUAUCAAAUACCAAAAAUGGUGGCAAUCAAGAUAAUGGUGGCGAAGCAGUAGUGCUGUACGAUCUCAACCACAACCAACUGCGGCUCCUUACACGUUAUGGAUUCCUAGGCGACGACCAGCUUCGCAACUGCUACUAUCGCGAGCUUGCUAUAUACUUUGAAACCAUGGAGGCAUGUCAGCGCCGCGUCGAUGAGCUACCUGUACAGUUGGAACGCUGCUCCAUGUGGAGCGUGCUGCAAAACGCACUAGUGAACAUGAAAAUGUUCCAGUUGUGGUGGAGCGAGCGGAAUCGGCAAGAGUUUUUCUUCUAUUGGAUGGUGUUGUCCUCCAACUGCUCCCUUCAUGACCCGGUGGAUGACUUUGUCCGCUCACUGGAUGAAUACAUUGCUCAAGAAACGCCCAGUCCAGAGCAAUUGCUGUCCAUUUUCCUCACAAUUACUGAAUUCUUGCGGGCAUGGCAGAAAGUUAACGAAUCUCGCGUCGUUAACCUUGUGCUCAAUCGACCCAAACCUCCUCAACUUCAGGAAUUUCUCACUAGUCUUGGCAGCUUCUCGACAUCGAGUUUAUCCGAGAGCGAGGCAGAUCGAGUCCAGAAGGAGAUUGACGCUCUCGUGAUCCAUCAAGACGACGGCUACUAUGUUCGGCGGUGGCUUUGGACCCAGUUUCCGCUGAUCGGUACUGCGUUUGAGAGCAGGGUUUUCCGCAGUGCUGCAUCCAGUCGAAAUUCAAAAAACGACACUGUAGGCGUUGUUCUGCCGAAAGGUCUUGGCAAACCAAAGAAAUCUCUGGUUCCGGCAAAGCGCCGACCACCACACAAAGUUUCACCUUCGCACGGACCUGAAAGUUCUGCGGAUAGUGAAAUGGGAGCGUUGGAAUUCUUGUCGGCGGAAAACAGCGAGGGUUCUUUGGGCUCCGUCUCGAAGCUGGAGAGUCAAUUGAUGGAACUUCGGAUGAAAUACGACAGGAUGAAAUUCGUCGCUCGAGAGAAGAAUGAAGCGCUCAAAGCUCUCCAAUCGCGUUUGAUGGACGCUAAAGCGGAGGUCAGUGCAGCGGGCCAUAAUGCAACGAAGAUUGACGACCUGCUGGAGAAUAUUCGCAACGUGACCGAUGAAGCAACUCUCGGUCGUCACCGGAGUGAGUACUACAAACUGAUUCUGCGUCACUGCGAACUGUGUCCAGCCCGCGACCCGAACACAAUCGAAACCGCAGAGGCAUCCGUAGCGAAGAUGAAGCGCGAAAUCGUUGAGUUGCAGCAGAAAACUCAGGUCGUGUCAUACGAGAAGCGGCUUGCCAGUCUUGAUGUUCCGAAACUGGUGCAGGUGACGCAAGACAAAGCUUCAAUUCACCAGGAGGCGCUCUCUCGACUACGGUGGCGCCAAGAGCUUGAUCGUCGGCUGUACUACGCUAGUCUAUCGGCGAAAGAUGGCGGGCGGAAGCCUAGUAUUGCCGCUGUUUCCCCACUUAGGAAAAACUCAGUGAUCACUGGCACGAACUCCGCUACCCGUGCCAGUAGUGUCAGCUUCCCAGCAGAUGAUGACGUCGAAGAAACAGCACCCGUUGAUCCCAAUUUCUUCCGUGCCAAGGAUAAGCUGAUCCAUAUGAAGGAGACGUCGCUGGCUCGACAGAAGAACGUUGAGAACUUACAACUAUAUGUGGGUAGCGCCUACAAGGACGACGGGAUACUGGGCGCCCUCCGACAAGUAGGUAUCAACAAACCAGAAGAGGCCUUGGUUUGCUGGCAAAACCAGCUCGAUCACUCCGUUCAGCUGGAAGAGGAGGAGAAGCAGGCGGAGCAACGCGUUCUUGAGUACCGAGAAAGGCUGGAAGUUCUUCAAGCGCAAUUUGUGAAUCUCAAGCUCAGUGGCAGUUCCAGUGGAAGUGGCUCAUUGGAGGAUGACGCGGCCAAUUCUAACGGGGAUGAUGAUGCCGCGGCUUCCAAGACGAAAAUUAACGUGAAGAUGAUGGAGAAGCUAUUGGCGGAGGCUAAUGCGGUCAAGCAAAAGAAGAAAGAACGUGCCGCACGGUUGCGAUCGCUACAAGAGAAGUUGCAACUCGGACUCUUGCAUAUCGCCGAGCUGUUGGGCGUGACGUCGAUCCAGCAGCUAAGCGCAUUGGAGCUGGUGGACGCGAUUGAAAAAGUGGUUCGAGUAGUUGCUGGAGAUGAAGCUCACCUACAGGCAGCUCCGAGCCCCAGUUUCCGUCACAAGAACAGCACUCGAAUGGUGAAUUUCGCAGGACAAUCGGGAGAUUCUGCGGGGCUUCCAUCGGACACACGCAGUGACGAUGACAAGGUGCGCUACAACAUCCGUGUGUCGAGAACCGAAAAGCGACAAAUGAAUCCGUACGUGGACAUCGAAUUUGACGAGGACGAUCGCGAGGAUUACUAUGACGAGGACGAUGAACGGGAUGAUACUGGAAACAACACAGACGAUAGUGAUCAUGAAGGAUCACCGCCUAGGAGACAAUUUUCCCCUGAACGCCGCGAUUCCAACGUUGUGAAGAAGCGCCAGGACAUCAAGAACCGCUCGAAACUCGAGCUGGAGAAGAAGAAAGCUGCACAGAAGAAAAAGCCCAAAGACUAAGCGUGUUAGACGGAGACACAGGCGUCAAGAGCGAUUUGUUACCUUGCAUUCUUUUUCUUUUCUUGUUAGUUAUGGCGAUGGAGUCGGUUUGUUUGUCUCCAGUCUGAUCCUUCGACGCACUCGCUUUGGUGUCCUCCGUUUACCGUGGGCUUAGGCUUGCUGCUGGUGCUCGUCAUCGUAAGACUCGUAAUCGUCCUCAUCGUACUCGUGUUCGUACUCGUAC